AUCUCGAAGCCAGCGUCUCUCCGUGUGUUGCGUGUGUGUGUGUGUGUCUGUGUGCGCGCGCCCCUCGUGUGUGUACGUCUGUGCGGGCGCUGCUCGUUCGGUGCCCGUGUUUAGUGGGUCAGAGAGGACGAUCGAGUCAGCACACGCACACGCCCCGUCCCUCAGCUCCGCGACUGGAGCUCAGUGGACGCUCAACCGGCUGCGAGUGGAAUCGUCUUCGAUCGUCUAUUGUCUUCAGCGAUAGAGGAUUCGAUCUGAUACGAAGAUGCUUUUUUGUUGAGAGAUUGGGAGAUCGGAUAGCGGUGGGUGUUUAUAGUGUGGGAGAGAGAUAGAGAGAGAGAGGAAUGAAGUGAAACGGAGAGAGAAACAAGAGAGAAAUAGUGUGUAGUUGGUGGAGACGAUGGGUUGAAGAGGAAGGAAAUGAAAUAAGUGAUAAAAAAGAUAAUAACGAAAAAGAAACAGGUGCAAGAAGAUAGAGAGAAGAAUAGAGCAUCUUGACCUGACCUCUAUUUCAGCGAGGAAUCGAAAGCCUGGAAGAGGGAGAGCGAAGAAAAACGAAAUGACCGGCGCGGUGUAAAAAAAAAAAAAAAAAAAAAAAAAAAAAGAAAGAAAAAGAGAGAGAAAAAAAAUCCUCUUUCUUUCCUCUAUUAGUGCCAUUGAUUACCCGAGUGCCAUCAGUGCCAUACGCGAUACAGCAAGUGCCAAAUAGAACCUCAGGUGCCUCAGUCACUCACGCAAACGCACGCACAAAGACUUCACAAAAAUGUCUUGGAAUCCACACAAGAAGAUGCCCAGGAAGAAUAUGUCGGCUUUGCAACUUGCAGCCGAGGGGCGGGACUACCUCAUGUGGUGCCCGGACCAGGAAUUCGAUCAUGCAGUCGCCGCCUUGGACAUCCGGGGCUUGGUGGAACUGGUGCAGACUUUACAAGAUGCCAUGGCGGUCGAACAGCAGACUUUCGACAGCCUAACCCAACAGCUGGAACUAGUCACUGACCCCCUUCAACAGCAGAGGCUAUCUGCUGCCCUGUGUACUUCCCAGACGAGACUGGCGAGGCUCUGCUCCAGAAAUAUGAGAUGUUUCACACAGCAAGCCCUGAAGGCGCGGCAGAAGGACUCCCCGGAGAGCAGGUCUUCAAGCCCUCGCGACUCCGGACUCGUCAUGUCCUCCGCCGCAGCCUCAGACGCGGAGGCCGACCCCCGCUCCCCCACCGGCGGCGCCUCCUUCAAGAACUCCCUGGCGUUCUUCCAGAGGGCGGCGCAUCUCGUGGCCAAUAACACGAAGAACUCACACAUGGGAAACCGCCAGAAGGAAUCCCGAAGAAGGUCAUCCCGAGGCAGCAGCUGUUACGGAAGCAGCAGCAGCGAGGCUUGGAGCGUGACCUCGGAUGACCCCAACGGCGUCUCUGCUGACCUCAUCAACGGCUACGGGUUAGGAGGUGGAGGAGGAGGAGGAGGAGGAGGUGGGGACUACUUGGAGGACGAGCUCAACACCUUGGAGGACCAGGGAACGUAUGAGCAGGUGCUCUUCAUCAACGGUCGGCCUCAGUACCAGGACGAUGUGAGGUCCUCCAACGCAGACCUGAUGGAGAUGUGCCAGACGUCACCCUCCAGCGCCUCCCUCAAGGUCCAGCAGGAGCACCAGAGCCGAGGACGCCACAGUUCGCCCAGCGGAGAACGGAGCAGGAGCAGUAGUUACACGCGAGUGCGGAUAGAUGGCAGCACCGGCAACUCCGUGGUCGUGUCCGCAGCGGGUCCCGCCUCCGACCCGCAGCCGCAGUCAGUCGCUCACAGCUACGGCUCGUUACCUAGACGCUCCUCCGCAGCCUCUCACGCCGCCGCCGCCGCCGAGUACACAGCCGCAGCAGAGGCGCAGACGCAGACGAGCGAGGGUGACUUUAGCGGUUAUGUGACGCUGCCAAGGAGGAAGCCAUAUUUAAAUUUUAAGAGUGUGUCGUGUGGUUCAAAUGCGAGUAAUAGUGUUGGUUCCGAGUUUGAUAAUGAAGACUUAAGUUAUUUCAAGGAAAGAGUCGGCAUCUUGAGAAACUGUGGUGUUAAUUCGAUAACUCGCACGCAGAGCUUUAAGGAGGGACUCAAUUGUUAUUCUCACGAGUACAGCAACACCGCGUACGGCUUAUCGAGGACGCAGAGCUUCCACGAUGGCCUAGCGGGGGACUUCAACGCGCUAGAAAGUGGCAAGACGAGGCUCCAGAGGGCGCCGUCCGUGGAUGAGAUUUUAGAGUCUGUGAAGACCCUGAGGGCGAGGAAGACGAUGGUCAAGUCAACGCCAGACCUCCUGAGUCCCCAGGAGCCGGUGUACCACUCGGCGUCGCUGCCGAGGCACAAGGGCAGCAAGGGCAAGGGCUCGCGCGCCGCCGGGACGUCGUCCCUCCUCGGCGUGAGGUACAACGGGCCCUCCUCCAACGAGUCGCUCUACGAGCGGGUCCCCGAGCCCGACUACGAGCAGAUCCCCGAGUCCCUGGUGGGCGGGACGCCCUACUACGAGAACGUGUGUCGCGGCAACAACCACUACGAGAACGUCCACCUGAAGGGCGAGGUGAUCUACGACAGCCCGAGGCCCACCGACCACAGCCUCCACCACCACUAUGACAAGGUCCACAGUUCGGCGGACCUCCACUACGAGAACGUCAAGUUCGACGCGCCCGUCUACGAGAACGUGGACGAGAAGGAGCCCACCUACAUGAACGUCAACGGCACGGCCAAGUCCAGCAACGUGUACGCCAACCUGGACACGGGCGGCAGCAGCAACAAAAAGUCCGGCAGCCUCAAGUCCUCGAAGUCAAGGUCGAACAAGGUCACCAUCAGCGGGAACUCCAUGAUGCAGGGCACGACCUACGACGUCCCCCGGGCGGCCACCCACAUCUACGACUCCCCCCAGAGGCAGGUGCGGUCCGUGGCGUCGACGCAAGCCAGCGAGUAUGACACGCCCAAGAACAACCGCUCGAUCCUGCCGCAGUCCACGCAGAUCGUCCUCAAGGCCAAGAACGACCAGAAGUCCAAGAUCGACGACAUCUUCGCCGACUGCGACAAGGACUCCCUCGAGGGCGACAGAGACAGAGAACCCGACAUCCCUUCGCCAGGACGAAAUACAUACGUCCAUGCUGAUUUCGAAUUCACAACCCCCUUAAACCUUAAACCCUUAGCCCUUGCCCUUACACCAGCCCUUAGCCCUUACCAGCCCUUACCUUCACCCUUAGCCCCUUACCCCACCUCACCCUUACCUUACCUUCACCCUUAA